ACGCGCAGACGAUUUGCGGGGCGCAGACAACUACUGGCGAGGCGGUAACUCUUGACCUGAGUCCUGCCAGGUCCUGGAUUCCACGAGGAGUCUUGCAGCUCUGUAGCAGACAGGAGGUCACCGCAUUCUGCAUUCCGGUCGUCAACCUAAUUCCUAGCAGAGCUGUGCUAGACCGCGGAGGCGAGUCGGGCCCACCAUGGCCGCGAACUAUUCCAGUACUGGCAGUAGGAAGGAACAUGUGAAAGUGACAUCCGAGCCCCAGCCAGGCUUCCUGGAGCGCCUGAGUGAGACUUCUGGCGGGAUGUUCGUGGGACUUAUGACCUUCUUGCUCUCCUUCUACUUAAUUUUCACCAAUGAGGGCCGCGCAUUGAAGACAGCCACCUCUCUUGCAGAGGGGUUGUCACUUGUGGUGUCCCCAGACAGCAUCCACAGUGUAGCUCCAGAGAAUGAAGGGAGGCUGGUGCACAUCAUUGGGGCCCUGCGGACUUCCAAGCUCUUGUCUGACCCAAACUAUGGGGUCCAUCUUCCAGCUGUGAAAUUGCGGCGGCAUGUGGAAAUGUAUCAGUGGGUAGAGACAGAAGAGUCCAGUGAGUACACGGAGGACGGACAGGUGAAGAAGGAGACCAAGUACUCCUACAACACAGAAUGGAGGUCAGAAAUUGUCAACAGUAAAAAUUUUGACCGAGAGAUUGGCCACAAAAACCCCAGUGCCAUGGCAGUGGAGUCUUUCACAGCGACAGCCCCCUUUGUCCAAAUUGGCAGGUUUUUCCUCUCAGCAGGCCUUAUUGACAAGAUUGACAACUUCAAGUCCCUGAGCCUGUCCAAGCUGGAGGACCCCCAUGUGGACAUCAUUCGCCGAGGAGACUUUUUCUACCACAGUGAAAACCCUAAGUACCCAGAGGUUGGUGAUGUUCGAGUCUCCUUUUCUUACGCAGGACUGAGCAGCGAUGACCCUGACCUGGGCCCCGCUCAUGUGGUUACUGUCAUUGCCCGGCAGCGAGGUGACCAGCUAAUCCCGUACUCCACCAAGUCUGGGGACACAUUGCUGCUCCUGCACCAUGGGGACUUCUCAGCUGAGGAGGUGUUUCGUAGAGAACAGAAGAGCAAUUCCAUGAAGACAUGGGGCCUGCGGGUGGCUGGCUGGAUGGCCAUGUUUAUGGGCCUCAACCUCAUGACACGGAUCCUGUACACCCUGGUGGACUGGUUUCCCGUCUUCCGAGACCUGGUCAACAUUGGCCUGAAAGCCUUUGCCUUCUGUGUAGCCACCUCACUGACCCUGUUGACUGUGGCUGCUGGCUGGCUCUUCUACCGACCACUGUGGGCUGCUCUAAUCGGCUGCCUGGCUCUGGUGCCCAUAAUCAUUGCACGGACCCGGGUGCCAGCCAAGAAGCUGGAGUGAAGGGUUUGGUGUUCACCAGCUCACAUCGUCUCCACCCACUUCUUGUCAAAAUGCAGCUUUGGUGGCCAAAAUGCAGCUUUUCUGGGCAGAAGCAGCCUGAGGAUGGUGACCCAGUGAGUACUGUCCUGCUUAAUGCCUUCCCCUCUCAGAGCUCUAUUCCACUCAGCUGUCAGCUGACCUGCUGGUGAAGGACUCGGCCUGCUUACUGCCCAUCCCUCACUGCUGAAACCAAGUGCCUGGACUGCCACAACCUCCAGCUACAACUGGAACCCCAGAAUGCAGCCAUCACCCACAACUUCUGGCCACAUCUCAUGAGUAUGACACACCAUACCCAAGCCUGGAGAAGGUCCACCCCAAACCAAGUCUCUGGGUAGAACCUGAGGUGGCCUAAAGAAACACUGACGACCUGUCUUAGCCCAAAGGUCACUGUCACUGUGGCUGGACAGUGUUCUGGUGUAAGCACUCAGACCUCUGGUUCUUACUCCACUUCUGCAGUGUUCUUUCUGUCCCAAGGGGCUGAGACUUAAAACUCCUGUGAGUGGCUCCCAUUUGACAGUUGUUGCCACUGAGAUUAAAAUCUCAGCGGGAUGAUGUCUCAGUGGGUGUGGCUUGACUGGUUUUAGUUCCUGAGGCCUUGAGGAAGGAAGCUUUAGCUUUGCGAUGCUUUUCGAUCAGUUUUAGUGGAUUCUUUCAUGCUGGGUUGGGACUGUGGAGGAAGCACCCACCCUGGUAUCCUCUGCCAUUACAGACAUCUGUUCACUUGAAGGUGAUUCUGAGUUUGUAGUCAGUGUUACAGAAAAGGGCUGGAAGCUGUCCUACUAAGAGGGCUUAUUCACUGUGACCUCCAGUUAACUGAAGCCAAGGGUUGUUGGAGGAGACCCACAUCUGACCUGGUGCAGCCUUUUUCCCUGGGAAUGCUUUUGACCUUGACACUCCAGCCUCAAGUAGGUGCAGCAUAGUAGUUCUUUUUGCAUUUAAUGCCCAUCACGUUCCUUAUCCCAAAUAAAAUUCACCCAUACUAAUGGACAUAAUUUCUAAGUUUCUUCUCUACUAUUACACCUUUGAAGGGAUACUUAGCCAUGUUGUCAUAGAUCCUUGGUUUAUCCCGUAACUCAAUUCUAUUUGCAAACUGCCCUAGCAGUUGCUGUAGCCAACAGUUGUGUUUGGUAGAUGACUAAGGUGUCAGAACCCUUGACUCUAGUGAUAUGACAGUCCCUUUCAUGUCCUGUGGUAUCUGUGCUUUCAGCUGGGGUUCUUGGUAUAAGUGCAGCCACAGAUGGCUUGCUGGAUUUAGGACGGAGACAAUAUUUACUACUGCUCAGUACAGUCUCAUCUAAACUCCAAAAGAUGGUUUGGGAAAACAUGGUAUAAUUAGUGAUAGUUAAAUACACAAUCCUUGGGAUUCAGUCUGUGUAACCUUUUCUUAUAUGGGGUUUUAUUUGCCAGCUUAAAAGUACUCUUAAGAGCAAAUUAUGGAAGAAUAAUUUGAUGUCUUUGAAAAACUGAAGUUUGUAUUCUUUGUAUUAAAAUCUGAAAUGAAUUUCUACCUAUCUUUUGGUA